CACUUGUCCACAGACCCACCACGCAGAAACACGGAGUAGCUCACACUUUGUUCCUCAGAGGACUCUCAGGUCUCAGGGUAAAGAGGUAAAGAGCGGACUGUCGACUCUGAAGCGCCAGCGCCGCAGAACUCCGACUCACGACCCACUUCACUCCGCAGCAUUGUCAUCUCCUCUUCUUCUCCUUUGGCCUCCAGAAUUGCAACCAUGGGGAAAGGAUGCAUCACAGUCAUCAAAUACUUUUUAUUCCUCUUCAACCUCCUCUUUUUUGUAUUUGGAGCGUUAAUCAUGGGCUUUGGACUGUGGGUUCUCUUUGAUAACCAGAGCUUCAUUGCUGUUCUCCAAGAGUCGUCAGACACAGUGAAAGUGGCUUCGUACAUCCUGAUCGGAGUCGGUUCGCUGUCGAUGGCCAUGGGCUUCUUCGGCUGCAUAGGAGCCAUCUACGAAGUCCGAUGCCUGCUGGGUCUGUACUUCACCUGCCUCCUGCUCAUCCUCAUUGGCCAGGUCACUGCUGGAGUUCUCAUUUACUUCCAGAGAGAUCGGCUGAAACACGAGAUGUCUAACAUCAUCGGGCGCAUGAUAAUCAACUACACAGGGGAGAGUAGCACCACAGAGCACACCUGGGACUACAUUCAGAGGACGAUGAAAUGCUGCGGAUGGACCGAUCCAGGCAACUGGACGGAGAACCUUCUGAUCAGGAACAGCAGCCUGCAUCUGUACUCCUGCUCCUGUCGCAACGAGUCCCUCCCCGGCAGCGAGGUGAAGGAAGUGGGUCUGUGCGAGCACCUGUCUCCAGAAAAGCCCAUCUAUGAAACGGGUUGUAUAACCUCUGUGGAGAAGUGGCUGUUGGACAACUGUGGAAUCAUUCUCGGGAUCUGUGUCGGUGUGGCAGUCGUGGAGCUCCUGGGGAUGAUCCUCUCCAUGUGUCUGUGCAAGAGCGUCGUCCAGGAGGAUUACACCAAAGUACCCAAGUACUGAGCCGGAGACGGGGCUAGCCUCGCGUCCCACACAGAUGGAUGGACUGUCUCGCCUUCUCCUCCCCUCACAACAUUGUACACAGACAAACACACACACACACACACACACACACACACACACACACACACACACACACACACACACACACACAGGGAUCUCCAACAUUUCAGCCUCCCAUGUCCUCGUGGCUGUGCAGAGUUUUCACUCCCCAACAUACUGUAGUAUGUCCCACACAAUCUUCUCUAUCAAGCUUGACACACUUGUUGGACAUGAAUUUGAUGUCUUACAGUUAGUGUUUUUUAGUUUUUUAUAAGGAUUUUAUUGAAUGCCUGAAAAUGUCCCCAUUUGAUACUAUGCAGAUGUUCAUUUACAUGUCUUUUUCUUUUUUUUUUUGGUCUUGGCUGACUUAAAUGAAGGCCUUUCCGAGAUGUAAGAGUGAGCACUUUAGGGACGUUUGCUUGAUCUGAGAGCCAGAUCUUCUGACUCCAAGGCAGAGAGAUGAGAGAGAAACUGUAGGGUGUGCGCGGGGGCGUGGUAGACCCUCUGGAAGAUUAUUGCCACCCUGUGAUCCUGCAGCUGGUAUUUUUGGUAGCCGAGGGUGGGGGAAAAGCCCAGGGCAGGGCUGCUGCGGUGGAGGGUUUUGGUUUUUCUGUCAUCAGCUCUGAACCCACGAACCCUGAUAUUAACCUCCGCUGACACCCACCUCAUCCUCCACCCCUCCAUCAUCGUCUGUCCCUAUCUUUGUCUUCCUGUUGGGUGUGCACGACUGGCAACCUUCAAAUCAGCCAGCUCUGCAUGAAGUAAGUGUGUAUGAUGUGCUGAGAUAAUGUUUUGUUUCAUUUUUAUAGUUUAUGUCUUCAUGUCAUUGUUGUUUUUUAAGAUGUAAAAAUGUCUUCCAAGGGGAUUGGGGCACUCGAGUGUUCAGUCAGCGUUUUAUAUGGGAAAGUUUCAGCCACACGCUCUCGUUUGAAAAGUCAUGUUGUUCUUUGUCUCCUCUCUAUUGUUUAUGAAGUGCAAAGCCGAGCUGCCAGAGCAGCUUGUCAGCACUAUUAUGGUCUGAAUCUGAGAAAUUGGAACCCUUACACAUCUGUCAUCACUCUUAAAGCCAUAUUGUCUUUACUUCAAUGUGGAAUGUGUUUGGGAAGAACAUACACCAGCUCCUGCCACAAAUAACUUUAUUUAAGCGCCUUUUCUUAUUACUAUUUUAAAUUAUUUUUCUCCCAUUUUCAUUGUUUGCUUCCAGAGAAAUCAUUCCUCCUGGUACAGAGAGAAGAGAAAAACCUUAAAUGUGAGCAGUGGUUUCAUGUUUUUACAGGCAACUUUGACCUAAAAUGACUCUUUAUCAACUCAAUGAUCCUUUUCCUCUCUAAAAAGAUUUUACAAAAAUGUUUACACUUCCUCUCACGUAUUAGCUGCCGUGUUAUCCUGAGUCUUUCCGCUUCAUUUUAAAUACACUAUAAUAGUUGAAAUUGUGACAAAUUUAGUAGAUCGACUGUUUUUUCAUUUCAUCGUAUUCAGCGAAUACGCUGAGAGAAGGAAACGGAGCGUCAGCAGCAGUUAGUCACUCUGUGUGGCCUAUCAAAGGCACACAGUCACUUAGCGUGAUCAAAUGAAGGGUUUUUUCAUUGUUUAAAAUAUUUUUUACACAGGUGAUGUUUAUUAGAAGAAAGAAAUGUGGACCUGUAAGCCAUGUUUAGAACUUAUGUUCAUGUCUUUUUGGUAAUUAAGAACUAUAAAUAAACCUGAACCCAUGAAAAUC